GUCCAGCCCGAGAGUCUGAUCCGAUCCGACGCUUUGCAUCCAUCCGCAAGCCUCGCUCGCCCUGCCCACGACGAGCCAGCCAUGAAGACCCCCGGAAACAACAACUGGUACACCGAUGCAGCAGACUACUGGGCCAGCGUCGACUCGACCGUCAACGGCAUGCUUGGCGGCUUUGAGCAAGUUUCGGAGCCGGAUUGCCGAGACUCGCUCAAGUUCAUCCAAAGCUUUAUUGCUGCGCCAGAUGCCCCUGUCGCCCCUGCCGCCAAGGGGCCGCCGACCAUCACCCCUGGCCUGGCGUGUGACUGUGGCGCUGGAAUAGGCAGAGUGUCAAAGCACUUCCUCCUGCGGGUGUUUGACCGCGUCGAUCUCGUCGAGCAGAAUGCCCAGUUCCUCGAGACAGCACGAACGUCCUACAUGGGCCAAGACCUGCAGCGAGUCGAGCAGUUUAUUCCGAUCGGUCUACAAGAUUUUACGCCAGAGCAUCAGCGCUACGACUUGAUCUGGUGCCAGUGGGUGCUGGGCCAUCUCACGGACGAGGAUCUCGUCAAGUUUUUCAAACGGUGCAAGGAUGGCAUUAAGCCGGGCGGGCUGAUUGGCGUCAAGGAGAAUGUCACCAAAGGGGGUGUUAUCGUCGACGACGAAGACAGCAGCGUCACCAGAUCGGACUAUAUACUGAAGCAAAUCUUUGAGCAAGCCGGACUCAAGCUCCUGAAAGAAGCUACGCAAACGGAUUUUCCCGCUGGACUAUUCACGGUCAAGAUGUACAUGCUGAAGCCCAUCCAGAGCUGACCCGUUAGGACGGAAUGGCAUUAUUGAUUCGCAGCGUUGGACAGACGAACGGGAUAGCCUGUGUGCUCGCAAUGGGCGAAGAAACUCCGAGCCGAUGCGCGAUAAAUGCACGACGUCUGGGCACCCAUAAUAAACGGCACCAGCACCGCCGUCGGGCUUGCUGUCGA